CUCUCUCUCUCUCUUUCUCUCUCUCUCUCUUCACAGUCUUAACUAUGUCGCCCUCGGCAGCAGCUCAAAGCAACCUCCAGCUCUUGGGCUUAGGCGAUUCUCUUACCUCCCGAAUAAAUGUCCUGUUGUGUUUUCUAAAUUUGAGGAUUAAUUGAGAACAUGCGUGCAGGUUGUAUCUGCCAGUGCCUGAGGCGCAUCUCUGCCACUAUGCUAAACCGCGCGUUCAGGUGUCCAGUUCGGCGUCCUCACGCCUCAGCUUCUUCCCUCUGUGCGUCAGAAAAUUCAUCCAAUGAGGACCAAGCAGGAACUAUCGGCUCCGCCCCGGAGCCUGGGCGCGACAUAUAAAACCGCCUACUCGGCAUUACUGGGAUUCCGCAAGAUCUGUCAGAUCUGGAAGCUAGCGGCCCUUGCUCGCGCCCCCACCCUCCCACACACAGACGACGCCAGCGAAUUGGAAGAUCUUAAGCCUGGGCCUCACGUCCCCCGACCCCUUUCCAGGAUCUGCUGAACGCGAGCUACCAGUUCCAAAGGGCUCCAGAAGGCUUCAGCCGCUCUCACCUCGGGAGCUGCCUGAAGUCUGCGAUGCAGGAGGACAGCGCUGAGCCCGCAGCUGCAGCAGGCCCUACAGCCCGGCUUCGUCGCAGCCGCCGCCCACCCACGAGGCGAUUCACGAUUAAUGACUUUGAAAUCGGGCGCCCUCUGGGCAAGGGGAAAUUUGGAAAUGUGUACCUGGCUCGGCUAAAGAAAAACCAUUUUAUUGUGGCCCUGAAGGUUCUUUUCAAGUCACAGAUAGAGAAGGAAGGACUAGAGCACCAGUUGCGCAGGGAAAUUGAAAUCCAGGAGCAUUUGCAACACCCCAAUAUCCUAAGGCUCUACAAUUACUUCCAUGAUGCUCGCCGUGUGUAUCUGAUUCUGGAAUAUGCUCCACGGGGUGAGCUAUACAAGGAGCUGCAGAAACACCACACAUUUGAUGAGCAGCGAACAGCCACGAUAAUGGAGGAGUUGGCAGAUGCCUUGACUUAUUGCCAUGACAAGAAAGUGAUUCACAGGGAUAUUAAGCCAGAAAACCUGCUUCUGGGUCUCAGGGGUGAGGUGAAGAUUGCAGAUUUUGGCUGGUCUGUGCACACCCCCUCUCUGAGGAGAAAGACAAUGUGUGGAACACUUGACUACUUGCCCCCAGAAAUGGUUGAGGGGAGGACAUAUGAUGAAAAGGUAGAUCUGUGGUGCAUCGGGGUGCUAUGCUAUGAGCUGUUGGUGGGAAGUCCACCCUUUGAGAGCACCUCCUACAAUGAGACCUACAGGCGCAUCCUCAAGGUAGAUGUGAAGUUCCCCCAAACAAUGCCUUUGGGGGCCCAGGACCUGAUUUCCAAGCUUCUCCGAUACGAGCCCCAGAAGCGGCUGCCCCUGGCCCAGAUCUUGGAGCACCCUUGGGUCCAGGCCCAUUCCCGGAGGGUGCUGCCUCCAUGUGCUCAGAUGGCUUCCUGAGCCUCGUCUUUGUUCCUUUGUGUUUGUUUAGGGAGCUGUCCUGGCUCUACUACCUCAUUUAUCUUCUUGCUUUCUUCUAAGGUGCUAAUUAAUAAAAGCUGAAUAAU